CGCCGAAUCAACGUCCACGUAUCUUGCAUACAGCUCUUCUCAACCCCACAGUCGUGACUCUUUUUUGUCAUCGACAUCGUGAGCCGUCCUUUGCCGUGCCAUCCGCGUCGCCUAAUCCGUGCUGGGACAGUGCUGCAAAUUUAUCUUGUUCAAUCUAACUUUGCAGAAACCUACUUGCACAAUUCAAUUUAGACGUGCCAGCUAAAAUUCGGGUAUGGAAUGGACCAGAAACGCCAACCGACAUCUCCAGUUCCUUCACUUCGCUCUCCCUUGACCAACGGCCAUCAUCAGCGGUAGUUCGACGCCCGCAGCAACCGGUCGAUCUCGAUAACACAUAAAUAACUAUAGACCGAAACGUUCAGUUAGUGUGCCACCAUGCAAAACUUGGAGGACAUCCCCGGCAGCCCUGGUUUGGCGGCUGUGAACAACGUUAGACAAGCAGCCAUUCUUGAUCGCCAUCUUCCCGAUGGGUUUUCUGCCGACCCCGAAGUCAGCUUAGCAACAGAACCGAUCGAGGUGGAAGUAGAGAGCCAGAUCACUCCCGAUGCUACACUCUCCAUGCUUGACGGAGAUGGGCCGUCGCCGUCGUUGACCGGCGCCCCGAGCGACGACAUGUCUACCGCCACAGAGGUGCAGGAGUCCUCGCUAAGACUGCAAGGAGGAGAUAUACACCGGGACAUGUUUAUGAUCAAGGCGCGCGCCGGCUCGCUGCGCCGAACUGCCACGUUCUCCCACCAGGCUUCCCCGUCGCUUCAGCCAGAGGAAGACCUGACUUAUGAAGAGCAGCGCGAGCCAGGCGGCUUCCGCAGAGCGCACAUCAUUCAACAAGCACGCCAGAGGCAAGACAGCGGACCUCAAGUGGUGGCUAGAAAUUUCGUGGAUUUCUUGGAACUCUACGGUAGCUUUGCUGGCGAAGAUCUGGAGGACACUGACGACUCCGAAGACGAGUCUGCCAUCAUCGACGACGAACCGCCCGAUGAGACUCGCCCGCUUAUUGCUCGGCCUCGCCUGGGUCGCCGCAAGAGCUCGCGGCGCCUCGCUAGAGAAGGCGAUGCCAGCACCACAAAGACCUUCUUCACGCUGAUCAAGGCUUUCAUUGGAACCGGCAUCAUGUUCCUGCCAAAGGCGUUCCGCAAUGGUGGUCUAUUGUUUUCUUCUGUGACGCUAGUAGUAGUCUCCAUCAUCAACUGCUGGUGCUUUCGUUUGCUGCUUGACUGUCGCCAGAAACACGGCGGCGGUUAUGGUGAACUCGGCGCCCUUAUCGUUGGCCCACGCUUUCGCAACUUAAUUCUCUUUUCUAUUGCCCUAUCUCAGCUGGGCUUUGUUUGCGCAGGCGUCAUCUUUACAGCUGAAAACCUGUACUCCUUUUUGGAUGCAGUAACAAAGGGCCACGAUAACCUCAAGAUUGGCGUACCAGCGCUAAUUGCUCUACAAAUGGUUCCGCUUGUACCACUGGCAUUGAUCCGCAAUGUGUCUAAGCUGGGACCUGUUGCGCUCGUUGCUGACGUCUUCAUCCUCGUCGGCCUUAUCUAUAUAUGGUAUUACGACUUCUUCAGCUUGGCUAGGCACGGAAUUCACCCUACUGUGAAGCUGUUCAACCCCUCCGACUUUACACUGACUGUUGGAUCUGCCAUUUUCACGUUUGAGGGCAUCGGAUUGAUCCUACCGAUCCAGUCAAGCAUGAAGAAGCCACACCAUUUCAGCGGCUUGCUGUACUUUGUCAUGUUCCUCAUCACAGUUAUUUUCACAUCGGUUGGUGCGCUCUGCUACGCCACGUUUGGUGAAGAGACAAAGAUUCAAAUCAUCUCCAACUAUCCUCAAGACUCGCCGGUCGUCAAUGCCGUACAGUUCCUAUACUCUCUUGCCGUCCUCGGAGGCGAGCCUGUCCAGCUUUUCCCGGCCGUUCGUAUUCUUGAAACCGCCUUGUUUGGGGAGCGCGCGACUGGCAAGAAGAGUCUCGCAAUCAAGUGGCAGAAGAACAUGCUGCGAACCGCGGUCAUGGGUGUCUGCAUUGCUAUUAGCAUCGUUGGUGCCAGUGAUUUGGACAAGUUCGUGGCACUGAUUGGCAGCUUUGCGUGCGUGCCGCUGGUCUAUAUCUAUCCUGCGUAUUUGCACUAUGUCGAUAUUGCCGAGACCAGAACGCAAAAGGGCCUGGAUAUUGGAUUGAUGAUUCUUGGCGUGGUGGCUAUGGUGUACACCACGGCGGUGACGCUGUACCAGUGGGUUGGAACUCCUAACUGAUGAUCAGAGCACCAGUCUCCACCUUGUUUUUUUGUUUAGCAUUUACCGAAAUCAUGUCAUUUAAUAUACGAGCAAUGUCUGAGUGUCGCCAUUCUGUAAAAAACUGUGCUUCGUCUCAAGUAUGCGAAAUCGGCGCGGGU